AUGCAUUUAAAUGAACCGCAUUACAGACGGUACAAAGUUAACCCAAAAGAGACGGAGAGAGAGAAGCAGAGACCGGCCGGCAAGCAGAGGGGCGUGAGGGCGGGGUCGCGCCCCGACGAGACCCUGGCGAGGCCCCGCCCGCCCCCGGAGCCCUCAGAGCCCUCAGGGCCAACGGCCGCGCGCGCGCCAGGGGCCGCCGCGAGGCGGCGCCGUUGGGCCGCGCGCGAGAGGGGCGGGGCCGGGGGCGCGCGGGGCGGGGCCGAGAGGGACUCGCGGGGCGGGGCCGAGAGGGACUCGCGGGGCGGGGCCGAGAGGGACUCGCGGGGCGGGGCCGAGAGGGACUCGCGGGGCGGGGCCGAGAGGGACUCGCGGGGCGGGGCCGAGAGGGACUCGCGGGGCGGGGCCGGGCGGGACUCGCGGGGCGGGGCCGAGAGGGACUCGCGGGGCGGGGCCGAGAGGGACUCGCGGGGCGGGGCCGAGAGGGACUCGCGGGGCGGGGCCGAGAGGGACUCGCGGGGCGGGGCCGAGAGGGACUCGCGGGGCGGGGCCGAGAGGGACUCGCGGGGCGGGGCCGGGCGGGACUCGCGGGGCGGGGCCGAGAGGGACUCGCGGGGCGGGGCCGAGAGGGACUCGCGGGGCGGGGCCGAGAGGGACUCGCGGGGCGGGAGCAGCCGACUGCAGGCGGGUCAGCCCCACUUGGGCGGGCGCCUGAGGGAGAACCUGGCGGCAGCGGCGGGAGCAGCGGCAGCCGAGCCCCCGGGGGCCUUGAGCAGCGGCAGCGACUCCGGGGAGGGGAUGGCACGGCCGGGGCACACCGGCUGUCCCUCUGCUGUCCCCGCUCGGCUCGGCUCGGCCCGCUGCCAUUGUGCAGAGCAGCGGGGCGCAGCUCAUAAUGUCAUCACCAUUGGCAAAUGCAAUGAAGAGGGCAAGGUUGAAGCUGUCCAGGAUAUUCUAUGAGUGAAUGUGCGAGGCUGUUUAUACACAGCCAGGCUCGAGUCUCUGUGCUGCUCUGAGGAUUCCAUGCUGGUGUCCAUGCUCACUGGGAAAGGGGAUGAAUCAGGAGCAUGUCUAAUUGAUUGAGGUGGAAACCUAUUUAAAUAUCUUUUGGAUUGUCUUCAUGGAGAAAUUCAGAUUCCUGGAGAUGAAAAAGUUAGAACUGCACUGCAGGAGGAAGCAGAUUAUUUUGGAAUCCCUUAUCCAUAAAGUCUGUCUGAUCCUUUGGCUAAUGAAAUGGAAAUACACUCUUCAAGGUCCAAUAUAGAGCUUAAAAAGGCUUUGUUGGAUUUCUGUGAUUCUUACCAUUUAGAUUGCACCAAGCCUACAGUUUGGCUCCUGCACUAUCUCAACACUUGUGGAGCAAGCUGUGAAAGGAAAAUUAUUGGUGUGUAUGCCAUAAGAGCUGAUGGGACUGAUAAUAAGGCACUAGGAAUGAAAAUUCAUGGUAAAAGCAUGUAAAAAAGAGAAGCUGGAAAUAACAUCCAAUACCUCUGGAGCUAUUACUCAGUAACUGAGCUGAAAAAGAUGAUGGAUGCUUUCAAUGCCUGGGAAGGGAGAGGUGUCAGCUACUGCAGAGUGCCUCAGGAGCUGACUGAAUGUUGGACUCUGGAAGAACACCCUCUGAGAGGCAGUUUGCAUCAUAUGCCUCCAGUUUAUAAAAGAUGAUUAAUUGACUGUACUGAAGUGGAAGGCUGUUUACCAUGUAAAGUAGAUCUCCAGCCAAUUAGAUUCUCAGGUCCCUCAACAAGUACCCACAUAAAAGUCAAGAAUUCAUCUUCAUUAAAGAUAGCUGCUUGCAAUGCUUCACAUUCUGCAGCAAUUCUUAAACGACCCCACAGUGAAAGUCUGAUGCUGCACAAAGAAGCUUCUCAAACCACAUCCACAACGUGCACACCAGUGCCCAGCAAAUCCCAGGCUCCCAGAGGAAGGCAGAGGGCUGGCAAUGGGCCACUGAGCCAAAUGCCAUUCCAAGCUCCAGGGAGUAAGAAGCCUGUGAACAACCAUGCAGUGAAGGCGAAAAGGACUCCUUUUCUUGUGACACCAUCUCAGCCACCACCUUCUGCAUCCAGUAAAACAAGUGAACAGGAUAGUGCUGAAAUUCCUACAGUGCUAAACAAGAAAGAACCAGCUGUAUUAGCAGAAAGUAUUACCCUUAAGAAUGAUACAGGGGGUACUCAGUCUGAUAGACUGGACAGCUCUACAUUAUAUGGUUGAAGAAGAGGUCAUUACCUCAUGUGAUCCUUUAUUCAAGGUUAGGUAGAAAAUUGUGAUGAAAAAGAUAAUGAAAAGCACAGGAAGAAAUUGUUUUAAGAGUACUGAAAUUUGUUUUCUGCUUUUUUUCUAGAUAUUUUUUAUAUGUUGGUAAGUGAGGAAGAAAAUGGAUUAAAAAAUCCCUCAAGCACAUGCACCUUAACAUUCCAGUAACUCCCAUUUGUAUUUCUGUUGUGCCACACCAUAAAGUGAGUACUUGCACAGCACAAAAGAAAACCUUUAUCAACUUUAACUGCAGUGAGCCUCAGUUUGUACCUUUAAAGGGGGGAAGAAUAGAUUAAAGUAAGUAGCUUUUAUUAGAUAGAAACUUGCCACAAGUAUACAACAUAUGCAUCCUGCAGAGACAUGGGAAGUUGAAUGCACUUACUGGCACUUCUGGUGAGGGUAAAUCACUAUUUUUGUUCUUACUAGCAAUGCAAGGGAUCACCUGUGCUUGUACGCUGAGAGAAAAUUCAGAAACACAGGAAGGGAAGAAGUGUGCUGUGUGAGUAACAGGGCUGCUCCCUCUGAGAGACACUCAUUUACAGACACACACAAUAGUGUGGUGUGAUCUGCCACUGGGGCAAGGCUGGUGCAGCUGUGGCAUUUUGUGUCACCCUGCUAGGGGAUGGCUUUUCUGGGGCUGCAGGGUCUGAGUUACACCUGGCCUUCCGUGUCCUCCUGCAGAUCCUUUCAGAGAAGGAGGGCACAACCUCAACCUGUGUGCAGCACAGCACAGAAGGUGAGGUCCAAGUGCUGUGCUUUAAAGAAAAAGCCUCCCUCCUUCCCCCCCUGUGCAGGCUGGAGGAGACAUUCUUGUAGCAGGGCAAAUGUUGAGCAAUGAUACUGAAACAAAGAGCUGCUGUAUGUUUCUAUCAGCAGAGGAAAGGCAAGUUUGGAUCCUUGAUUUUCAAGAGCCCUUUUAGUGAUUUAAACCAGUGAACAAAACCUGGCUUUGUUUUCUACUCUUGCUUAGAGUUGGGUGCUGGCUUUUUUUGCUGUAUUUAUGACUACUUUUGCUUCUCCAGCACAGUAAAUACAGCUGUCUUUGAGAACAUUGCCAAAAAGCAAAUUCUUAAAAUUCCCAAGACUAUUAGAAUUACAGAAGGGUUCUUUAAAUGUUUUAUUUGCUAGAUUAUUUAAAGCCAUCACAUUUUCAGGUUUUGCUUCCAACCGUAAGGACUUGAAACAUAAUUUGACCAAUAAAAAGCCCCAAUUUUUUCUGUAUUGACAUGUUUUUAAUGAGACAUCUUGCCAUAAACAGUAGUGACUGUAAAGAUGUAGAGCACUAUAAUUUUCUGCUACUGGUAUGUAUAUGGAAAACCAGCUGAUCUUUAGAUUAUUUAAGCUAGUGUUUUUUCUUUAAAAAUAAACCUGAAGAUCAACAAUCCCAAGACUCUUCCCAUCUCAACAAAAAAGUUUCACUGAACAAAGGACAAAGCAGAAAUUAGGGAAGGAUACUAACAUAAUGUACUCUAGUAUUGGAACAUGCAGUUCAUUGAGAAUAUCUUUGUGAAAUUUGUUUUUCAUAAUAAUCUGACUGAAAAGCAGUUUUUAAUACUUCUGUGUAAUUUCUACUUCACUAUUUAUUCAAUGUCUAAGCACUUUACCAUGCACCCUAAAAUCUUUUUACAAGGCUGUCUAAAGCUGAUUUCUUUCAACUUUUAAAUUUAGAAAGCUUCUUUAAACACAGAAUCAGAGAUAAGUAAUAAAAGACACACAAGAAAAAGCUUUGAGAAUAUUCCUACAGGACUUUUAGUUUGUACUACUUCAGUGUUUACUUACUUAUUUUGGUAGUACAGUAUUUUUUGAGUAACAUUUGUGCCAUUUGCAUUACAGCAGCAUUAAUGAAUCUUCUCUUUGUGGUGGACAUACUAGCUUGUGGUUAAAAGAAUAAAAAACAACCCCCUUGAAUUUCAGUAGAUGAAAUGAUAAAGUGCCUGUGGUGAAGAAGGUAAAGAAAGAAGGACUUGAUUUUAUUUAUUUAUUUUCAAUUGGAUGGGGUGCUAACAUGGCCUUUUAACUUAUCUAAGUAGGCACCUCCAGCAUGUUUUUUAUAUCACAGAAUCUUGUUCACUUUUGAUUAACUGCUAAGAGUGAUAUUGAAGCAUUUUAUGAUAGAUGGAGAGCAUUAACUUUCAUGGUGACUGGAACUAGAUGCACUGUCAAGUGGUGUGACAAUGAUUUACUUUAAAUCUUUGUAAAAUUAUAAAUCAUUAUAGCAGAGAUCAUGUUGAAAAGAAAUGUUCAGCAAGUUAUUCCAAUUCCAGAAUAAUUAAGUUUUCUUUAAAGGAGACAUUUUCAAGCACAUUACGUGUUGGGUUUUUUAUCUUUUCUUUUUUCCCAAACAUGGUUAACUACUCUAAGUUUUACAAAGAGCUUGACUGCAUUAAGCUACCUUGACUUUUUAGUUUUCCAGCUGUGUAUGUGGAUCUUUAUUUUGAGGGGUUCUGCCCUUACUCUGAAUUUAAUCUUACACAGAAGAUAAACAAAUUCAAUCUGCUUUAAAACACUGUCCCUUUAAGAUGUGUUUCCACUUCUGGAAGAGCACUAAGUGCAGUGGGAAUUCCAUGUUUGUGUUUGAGUGAGGCCAAACAGCUGUAUUUGCUUUGCUAAUUGAGGGGACUUUUUAUAAAAGAGGACUGGCCUGGAAGGGAAGCCCUGCCAUAAAUUCCUUCACUACCCCUCAACAAGUCCCUUGAAAAGAGAAUUGCAGGUUGUUGUCUCUGCAAUGAGAAGGUAAAAACAGAGUUUUGUUGAAGAUGGGCCCAAGAGCUUUUGGCUACUUGGAACUACCAUGAAAUUGGCAGAUAUAAUUCCAAGUAUACAGACACACAUGAAUUGAAAGAUGAAGAUUCUGACACAGUUCCAGAGCACAGUCACAUAAUGUGGUCAAAAAGUGCACUGGAGUAACCUUCCCAAACAAAUUAGACAAAACCUGGUGUGCUAAAACUGCAGCAUUCCCACAAGCAGCCCUCUCUACAGCCUUAGCAAACCCACACACAGCUCUUUAACAAAAAAAAUGUCUUUACAUCACCAGAGAAAAGAGAAAUGCCAUCUCUCACCUGUUAGUCCUGGAUCUGUCACACACUGAGCCUCCAGUACAUCAAAGCUUGGCUGGUACUGAAGAGAACAAGGUGGUCCUGUUGUGCUGAGUUAUGACUUACAGAUUUUAUUUAUUUAUCUGCAGAAGGUCACUUGUGAGAAACUGACUUAAGGAAUAAAGUAACUUUCAAAAAUGCAAUAAUCAAGUGUAGAAGCUAUAAGGAAGGAAUAAAUGUUAUUACAGGCAAGUUAGCUUUUCUUUUUUUUAGGAAGGAUUACAAGAUGAGACACAUUUCACUACUUACAUAGAGAUAAGAAGUUCCUGUGUAAUAUCUGCAUAGAAUUUGUAAUUAAAUCUCUUAGAGUGAGGUUACAGUGAAACUGUAAGGCAGUAGAUAAAUUUUGAAAAGCUCCCUAUCUGAUGGGUAUGCACAGCAGAGAUGCUGGAAUUUCAGUUCCAUCUACUCCAAAACAUUCAGUUUAAAAGUGUGAUAGGUAAUUAACUAGGAUAAUAGCAGUGCUUGCUGGGCUAAGAAAGCCAAUGUCCACCUACAGGUUUAUUUUCCUUUUACCACUCUUCCAGAUGACGAUGAGUUACUGGCCUUUUAAAAUCAGGUUUUACCAAUAUUCACAUGUGGGACACUGCACCCACAUAUAAAGAAAAAUAAAAAUAUGGGAAUGCACUUUGCUCUUCCCUUGGAGAUCAUUUUUCAAGGGCCCCAGAGGGGAAUAAUCCAGUCAGUACUAAGGAAGUGUACAGUCAGAGAACAGAAAUUAGGCAGAGGAAAUUGCUAAAAAGCAAUAGUGAACAAUCACCUAGGUGUAAACUUUUAAAGCUACUUAAGUGUCCUCCUGCUCUUACUGACCUUUAACACCUUUUUGAUUCUGACACUUCAGCCAACAGGUCACUUGACAGCCAGCUUUGGAUUCUGACACCUUACUAUGUUAAACAGCAAGUUCCUGUAAAAUGUGCUCAGCACAAAAAUGUGCUCAGAGGUGGCUCUCAUGGCAAGGCUGUGGCAUUAGAAUCAAGCC